ACUGCAUUAUCGCAGUAGGAUGGGGUCACGAACGGGCUGCACGUUGACAGCUGGAACCUAAGAAACACGUCGUAGGCAAACGGUUUUACUCAGCACAAGUCAUGUUCGCAAAAGGGAAAGGUACAGUGGUGCCGUCGGACGGGCAAGCUCGGGAAAAGUUGGCGUUGUACGUCUACGAGUACUUGUUACAUGUCGGAGCGCAGAAGUCGGCACAGACCUUCCUAUCGGAGAUAAGAUGGGAGAAGAACAUAACGCUUGGAGAGCCACCGGGCUUUCUACACUCAUGGUGGUGUGUAUUUUGGGACCUCUAUUGUGCAGCCCCCGAGAGGAGGGACACGUGUGACCACUCCAGUGAAGCCAAAGCGUUCCAUGAUUACAGUGCGGCUGCAGCUGCUAGCCCAGUCCUGGGGAACAUGCCCUCCGGAGAUGGCAUGGCCGGUGGACCCAUGGCUCCUGGCUUCUUUCAGGGUCCAGCAGGCUCCCAGGCAUCCCCUCAUGCUCAGCCUCCACCUAACUCUAACGUGAUGGGAGCUCACGGACAGCCAUUUAUGUCACCACGCUAUGCUGGAGGACCCCGAGCACCAAUUAGAAUGGGCAACCAGGCUCCGGGAGGGCAACCUUUACCACCAAACUUAAUAGACCCAACACGGCCUCCAGGCCAUCCCAACCUGGGCCCCAUGCAGAGAAUGACCAUUCCCCGAGGCAUGGGCCCCAUGGGGCCCGGACUGCAGUCUGAUCCUUGGUUGUCAUUGCAGAACUACGGCGGUGGGAUGAGACCUCCAAAUUCUAUGGGUCCAAACAUGGCAGGAGUGAACAUGGGUCCAGGCACUGGUAGACCAUGGCCUAAUCCCAACAACGUUAACACGAUCCCAUAUUCUUCAUCAUCUCCUGGGACAUACGUGGGUCCGCCAGGAGGGGCAGGGGGGGGCUGUCCACCAGGAACGCCGAUCAUGCCAAGUCCAGCAGAUUCCACUAACUCGGGCGAAAACCUCUACACAAUGAUCAACUCGGUGCCUCCAGGAGGGAACAGACCCAGCUUCCCAAUGGGUCCAGAUGGUCCCCUGGGAGGGAUGGAGCCUCAACACAUGAACGGGUCAUUAGGUUCAGGUGACAUAGAUGGGCUUCCCAAGAACUCUCCAAAUAAUCUGAGCAGCAUGAGCAACCCACCUGGUACGCCGAGGGAUGACGGCGACUUGGGAGGCAACUUCCUUCACACUUUCCCAAAUGAGAACUACUCUCCAACGAUGACCAUGAGCGUGUGAUCAGUGACUGCGGCAGCGCUCCCAAGUGGCCCAGAAGCCACAUUGCAAGCUGAGAACAUCUACAACAGGGCGACAGACGAGUGGGACUUAAAUCUCACGCACUCGUGAGAACUCCACCUGACAGAUUCUUCAUGGUGCGGUCCAGCCAAAAUGGCAAAAACCGUCUGCAAGACCAGGGGUGGGCUGCUAGAGUCAGCUGAGCACUCAUCUUUUGUACAGAAAUUGGUUUGGUUUCAGUUUUUCCCUUUUUUUUUAAAUGAAUGUUUUAUUUGAUAUGUCUGCCGAGAUGCUGGAUCUCUUUGGAAGCCAUUAUAGGACCAGCAUAGUGGACCACAUACAAAACAAAAAUAAAGACAGUGAGGGGAAAAAAAACAAAUAUAAAAUAGAAGUAGAUAUUCUUCGGAAUUUUAACAACAUUCCACUAGACUGCCUGAAGAUUUCUUGUCAAUAUCAAAAACAUUUUUGGACUUUGUGUGCAACACAUUUACAGCUGCCUUGAGCUCACUUUACAGCUGGUUUAAGCCAUUUUGUCCUCUUACUUAAAAUAAACUGGUCUGAUUCUGCAGAGGAUGUCACUGACCAAGGGAAUAUCUGAAAGAUGGGGGUACCACUAGAAAAGAUGACCUCUUCUGUAUCAUAAAAUGUGUAGUCAAUUUUCAGAAAUGAACUCUGAGCUAUAAGCUUAUUUUCCCUUGUCUUUGAAGUUUAGGUGGUCAUCUUAUUUUAGAUUUGUUUAACAUUUAAGGAAUUUUAUAGUUUGUUUUUUUCUUAUAUUGUAAGCGAUUGGCCUAACCAUUUAUGUGUGCACCUGCAGUUUCCACAGUGAGGUAUAAAUAAAGAGACCUGGUCAUGAAGGGUGUCAGAUAUGCUAUCUUUUUCCUGGAUAUCCACUGGCAAAAAAACAACAACAAAAAAACCCCCCUGAAAUUCAUGACUUACUUUAAAAAGUGUGUCUGUAAUUCAAGGCAAAGGAGGUAUUUGUCUCCACUGGCCAGUGGCAGUACAGGUUGACUUUAGCUUCAGCGUCCUGCUGCUCUGCUUUCACAUUAUUCAUGAAAAAGUUAAGUAAUGAAUAGCAAACAGGUCUAAUGGAGAUCUGGGAGGUCCGGUAAACCUGAAGGUGAACUAUAGCUGCAUUUGAGUAAACUUUGGAAUAAUUUUAAUGAACUCCAAUGCAGGAAGUCCACCCAGGUGAAUCUUGUUCUUACAUACAGUUCCACUGUUUCAUUUAUUUUCCAUUGUAAUCCCAAUAACUUUUAUGUCCAAAUAUUGUCUUCUCAGGAGACUGAACUUUUUUGUUGAAAGUUAUCUGCUUUUAUAUGUUGGUAAGUGCUUUCUCUCUCUUAUCAGCAUGUUAAUAGUGCACAGGACAAGAGGACUACAGAUUAUUAAAUUUAAUCUAUUUUGAUAUGUUUGUUCACUUUGAGGCUUUCCUGUUUUGCUCCUCAGAGCUUGUGUCAAUGUGCUCAAAAAUACACUCUGGACCUGUAAUGUUAGCUGUAUUAUAUUUUUCUGCCAUAAGAAUGUAUAUUGUUUACAUUGUUCAUCUGAAACAAAGCUAAACAAAAAUGAGAAUGGCUGGUGAAAUUUUACUAAUUAAAUUAUUUUACGGUCCUUAUAAAACAGAUGAUGAAUGCAAUUAUUAUUUUCUGUCUCUCCUUGUUCUCUCAAAAAUAAACAUAUACAUGAAUGUA